AUGACGACUCUAAGGGAGUUGAUGUCAGUAAUAUGGACCGUCUACGUAAUACCACGAUCAUCGCCAACCACAAUACGCCAACGACAAAAUCAACGUGAUUUAAAUGUCAUAAAACGAGUUCUUUUAACAUUUCUAAUACUGAUGUGUCUGUUUGGUCCGGCAUCUGCACUUAUCCUUAUGAAGGUAAUCGUUGGCUAUUGGCCAUUAAUCACAUAUCGUAUUAUCUGGCUAUUUCUUACACCCAGUUGUGCAUUACUCAAUGUAUUAUUAAUCUGCUUUCAACGUCUGUAUACACAAUUACUGAAAGAGUUUCGGACACGGCGCGUACAACCAGCUACAGCAGCUUUGUCACCCUCGAAUGAUUUAAAAAACUUUCUACUAGAAAAAUUUAGAGUUACCUGUUCAUCAAAUAAAAUACGGACAAACGAGCUUGACAAAACUGGUAUCACUUCGUAUGGUCAUGCAGAUUGUGCAGGCAAAGAUAAACCGACUAUAUACAUACGUGUUACAGCUUAUUUUGAUUGGAUAUGUAAUGUUACAAAUAAUACAGCAGCUCAAUGUCGUCAAUCAGAUACGAUAACUACACGUACCACAGAUGCAGAUCUUACAGGACAAACUACAACUGGCUCGAUGGUGUGGAUUUCUAUCUAUUCUAUCUAUUAUAUUGGCAUUGGCGGAGUAUUGACACAAAAAUAUGAUGGUAAUGAUCGUCCAAUUGCAUACAUGUUCAAAACGAUCAACAGACAACAACGUAAAUGGAGUACCACUGAACGUGAAUGUUUUGCAAUUUUGGAAGCAUUGAAAUUGUGA